AUGCCGAGACGAAAGAUUGGAGCCGACCUGAAGGAGGCGCUCUGUAAGCUCUACGAGGCCGGCGAUAUCAGUGCCGAUACCAUCGAGAAGCAUGGCAUUAUGUCAAGAGCCACUUUUUUCCGCAACUUGAAGAUGUACAAGACCGGAGCUAGUCUCGAGCAGCGACAUAGCACUGGGCGGAAGACGAAUGCAGACAAGCUCAAGGAGCAGGAAAAGCAGCAGCUCGACUCUCUACAGCCAUCUCAUCUCUCCCACCUAGAGCUGGUGCUACUUCUCGAUGACGAUGACAAGAGCGCACAGGGCCUCGCUGCAAGGAAUAAGAGAAAGGCGAAGGGUACAGCAGCCAGCUCAAAGAGGAGAGAGACUGGCAAAGGAACAUCUGGUGAUGCGCAGGGCAACGACACUGCAAUUGCAGCAGGUGAAGACUCGGGUUCCGAGAGCGACGGUGACUCUGACGAAGACGCCAAUUUAGCAUACCACCAAACGCGCGAUCAGAUGUUGCAAGCCGCGAGAUCCUUCUUGAUAGCACCCGACAGCGCUGCUCCAACCGCGACAGCCAGCUUCAACAGCUUUGCCGAUCUCGAGUCUUUGCUCAAGCCAGAAGAUACUCAUUAUUCGCAUAGCAAUCGCGGCGCGCUGUUUAUCGUAAGAAGUGAGGUACAAAGCAGCGAAGCGGAAGGCGGCAGCAAAAUCAUUGCAGCCAUCGCCAUGCGUUCUUUAAUCUGGACACCCCAGAUCUAUCAGUCGCUAGGUCCAGCCUACGCUAGCCGCAGCAUCGACAAAAUCUGCAAUCUGGCACGUCUGCGUGUCCAUCCCUUGUGGCAGCGCAAAGGCAUCGGACGAUGGCUAGUUCGUGCUGCUGAAAUCAAAGCGUCCAAGCUAGGCUUUUCACACCUGUAUACGCAGAGCGACGCCAGCCGCGCCGAGCUGCUAUCCUUCUGGCAAAGAACGGGUUUCCACGAGUUUGCCCGCUUGCACGAUGUCGCAAGGCUUGAAAAGCUCGUUGUUGCUCCGAUGACACCAUUCAAAGGCAAAAGCUCGAAGCGGGCAGCUAUUCGUGCGUCGCCGCCAGUGGCCGCCUCUACAGAUGGUGUAACUUCCGCUUCAUCAGUGCCUACGGCGACAUCGGUUGGUGAUGACGCUGUUCAACAGAGCAACCAUCAACAGCAGCGAACUGAAGCGGGGCAUCAAGCCGGACGCGAGGCCGAGUCGAACCAAGGUCAGGCAAAUCCGUCGGCUUCGGAACUGGAUCAAGCAAUUCCGUUGGACCCGUCACUCACGAUGUCUUCAGUGACACACCUGUCUACACCAUCCACAACAUCAAACGCGCUUGCUACUGCGGAUACCAUGUCGUCUGGAGCUACACACAAUCCAGCAGCCUUGAUGAACCGACCUUUGGAGACUCAUGCAUAUGAUGCUAGCACUACUGCUGCUGCUCCGGUUUCCAUUGCGUUACAGAUGCCUGCAAGAUCUGCUGACGCUUCUGCCAUCGCACCAGCAACGUCGACGUCUAGCUCUUCGCUACCAAUACUACCAUCGCAUGAUCCAGCUGACGUUCAGCUGGGCCCUCCACCAAGACGGAUUGCGUUUCAUGAGGCCAACCCCACGGGAAGUCACCCGUUGACCUAA